GGAAAAAGAAGACAUAAAUACAGACCACACAUUUAGAGAGAUAGGGAAGUGAAAAAAACAUUACAAAGCCAGUGCAUUAUUAUCACCUGCAAACAUAAACACCGUCCGGGGUAUAGUUUUCUUCUGCUUCAUUUUGUAUCAAUGGCUUUUGUGUUAUGGGAAACUUUGAAAGAAUCAAUCUCAGCAUACGCAGAUCUCUCACCUGUGACUUUGGUUAUAUUUGUAGCUUUGGGACUUGCCUUGUUCUAUGCUAUUUGGGUGAUGUUUGGGCCCUCUGCUCGGCCACACCAGCAAGUCUCAGUGGUGGAAGACAAGAAUGAAGUUACAACUACUCAAUUAGCUGCUGUCACUUCAUCCCCUCCAUGGGAUGUCUUUUUGAGUUUUCGUGGAGAAGACACUCGCACAAAGUUCAGUGCACAUCUUUACCAUGCUUUGGAUCAGGCCGGAAUUGUUACCUUCAGAGACGAUCCUGCACUUCCAAAGGGUGAAGAAAUUUCAACAGGACUGCGUCAAGCAAUCAGAAAUUCUAAGAUGUUUGUAGUUGUUAUCUCAGAGAACUAUGCUGAUUCGUCGUGGUGCCUUGAUGAGCUUGUACAGAUCCUGAGUUGCAAGAGAACAAAGAAUCAGGUUAUUCCGGUGUUUUACUAUGUUAAUCCAUCAGAUCUACGACGCCACACGGGGAGUUUUGGUGUGGCUCUUAAGAAGCAUAAGAAGCGUCACUCUGUUGAUAAGAUUGACAAGUGGAAGUCUGCGCUUACUGAAAUCGCAGCUCUAUCAGGAUACCAUUUGGAAGAGGCAAAAAAGAGUGAAGCAGAUACAAUCCAAAAUAUUGUUGACAAUGUAUUGUCACAAGCAUCGACAAAGGUCGUACACCUUGAAAGAGGUCUAUUUGGGAUAGAUUCUGCUGUCGAAGAUAUAUAUCAACGACUAAGCAUGGAGUCAAAUGAUGUUCGCGCUCUUGGAAUAUGUGGGAUGGGUGGAAUUGGGAAAACAACGAUAGCCAAGGCUUUCUACAAUAAGUACGCCCACGAAUUUGAUGCGAGUUGUUUUUUGGAAAAUAUAAAACAGAAUUCACAAGGAGCUAGUCCUCUACUUUCUUUACUUCAAAAACUCUUGAAAGAGCUUCUCAGAGCCAAGGAUUUUGAGGUCCGAGAUGUUAAAAGUGCACUAAGAAAAUUGGGAGAAAUUCUUAGUUAUAAGAAAGCUCUCGUUGUUUUCGAUGAUUUAGACAUGGACCAUUCAAGCUACUCAGACUUGCUAGCAAGGAUUUGCGAGCUGAUUUCAGAUGGUGGCAGAAUGAUAAUUACGUCAAGAGAUCUAAACCUCCCAAAUCAACUGAAAGUAAAAAUGUCAAUGUCAAAAGUAGAUACAUAUAGGGUGAAGCAUCUGAAUAAAAUCAAUUCACUAGAGCUCUUUAGCUAUCAUGCCUUUAAACAAUCAAAGCCUCCCGGAAAAUACUUAGCUCUGUCUAAAAGUUUUGUUACUUAUGCGGGAGGCCUUCCACUAGCUCUAAAGGUGUUGGGUUCAUCUUUGUGCGGUAGAACAGAUGUGUCAUUCUGGAAAGUUAAAUUGAAAAAAGUUCAAAAAAUUCCAAUGGAAAAUAUCCAAAGCAUCCUUCAACUGAGUUACGAUGAGUUAGAAGAUGACACACAAAAGACUAUUUUCCUUGAUAUUGUGUUAUUCUUCCUGGGAAAGAAGAUAGAUGAGGCUAAUGAUGUAUUCAGAUCAUGUGAAUUUUUUCCGGAGUGUGGGAUACCAGUUCUAGUUGAGAGAUGUCUACUAAUUAUUGAUUAUGAUAAUAGGCUUCAAAUGCAUAAUCUUAUACAAGAUAUGGGGAGGAACAUUAUUCACGAAGAAUCCAAACAUGGGGAGUGCCGGCACUUGUACUUGGAAGAAGCAUCACAGGCUUUGCCAAAUCAGGACAUGGAUAAAAUUGAAGCCCUCCUUGUAGAUUGUACAAUGUCUAUCAACAAAUACUGCCAUGCUGAGCUAUUUGAAAGGUUGCCAAACCUGAGAUUAUUAAAAUUAGUUGAUGUCUAUGAUAUCAAAGGAAAUUUCAAAACUUCAUUUCAUGAGUUGAGGUUCAUAAGUUGGCAUGGUUGUUCUUGGACGCAUUUACCUUAUAGUGUUCACAUGCAAAAGCUUGUUUUCUUGGACAUGCCAUUUAGCAAACUUGAAACAUUGUGGAAGAUUGCUAAGUUGCCAUCUUUGCGUCACUUGAAUUUGAAAGGAUGCAAAAACUUGAAAGAAUUGCCCCACUCAAUUGGACGCUUGACUGCUCUAUCCCAUUUGAAUCUGAAUGAUUGUGUGAGUCUAAAACGACUUCCCAACCCCAUCACACAAUUGACUACUCUGAGCAGUUUGAAUAUGAGGAAAUGCAGCAAUCUGAAACUAUUGCCGGAGCAGUUGGGUGAUUUGAAAUGCUUAAAGAUGCUUGAUGUAAGUUUUACAGCAAUUGAGCAACUGCCAGAUUCAAUUGCUCACUUGAAGAAGUUAGUUUAUUUGGAUUUGAGCUGCUGCACGAAGCUUAGAAACUUACCUGAGCAAUUUGGGAACAUGGAAGCCUUGGAGACAUUUGAUGCAGAAGCAAGUGGAAUCGAACAACUGCCAGACUCGUUUUCAAACCUGCUUAAAUUGAGAUCUCUGAAUCUGAGAUACUGUUCAGAGCUGAAGAGAUUGCCUGAGCAGGUGGGGAAGAUGCAGUGUCUAGAAAGGCUAGAUGCAUCUUCUUCAGCAAUUGAAGAAUUACCGGAUUCUAUUGGAUCACUGCCUAUGAUAAAAGAGUUGGAUUUCAAUAAAUGCGAGAAGCUUUCAUGUGUUCCAAAUAGCAUCGGCAAUCUUAAAUCACUUAGAAGUUUACUUCUUGUUGGUGAGGACAUAAUAAAAAUUGAGUUGAUCGAGGCCGUAACUGAUAUAAAGUUGGAGACCCUGCAUCUGAGUUGUAAUAUAAGAGUUUGGUUGCCUAUCAUUGUAAGUGUUACUUCUCUGACAUUUUUAAUACUCUAUGAUGAGUGCGGGAGUCCCUCCCCAACCAAACCCUUUAGUUUCUUUCAGCUUUUCAACCUUAAAUAUCUUCAGUUGACUAACAGUACAACUCAUGGUUCCUCCUUUCCCGAACUACCACUCAAUUUAAGAAGCUUGCAGGUAGAAAACCACGCUUCACUAGAACAAGUACCUGAAUUGUCCUACCUCAAACACUUGUUUAAAUUGUCCAUCACCAGAUGCUGCAGCCUUCAAUCUCUCCACAAACUUCCACCUCAUCUUGAAUCCCUUACAGUUAAAGAUUGUACAAGCCUACAAGAAUUUCCAGAUCUGUCAAUGUUGAGAGAUUUAGAACAACUGGAUGUUUAUCGCAACGGCAGCAAUUUAAAAGUCAGUUUAGAGGAGAAUCACCUUCAGCUAGGAAGAGGGUAUAACAAAGCAUUUAGAGCUACUCUACAAAACAGGGAAAUUGCAGAGUGGUUCGACUAUAAAAACAGGGAAGGGUGCACACUAUCUUUUCAUGUUCCCCCAAACUUGGGAGAUAACUUUGUGGGUGUCGCCUUAUGGGUCGUUUAUAAAUGCUCCCCCGACCGAUGGUCAAGAGUUGAAGCUGUUAUCACAAAUAAAACAGAGGAUACGAUAGCUGCCCCGAUUACUAUUGGUUUUAAUUAUGAUAUAAAGGAUGAGGUACAAUCAAGUAUACAUUGCAUAAGGGCAGAGGACAUCUCAAUCAAGAACGGAGACAAAAUUAUGAUUUCUUUUCCUCAAGCAGAAAUAGAAGUGAAUAUGUGCGGGGCUCACAUAAUAAAACAGCCUUCUAGCAUAGUCAAAUAAAAUGUUGUCUAAUUUUUUUUCAAGAAAAUAUUGUAUAAUUAGAAAACUUAAAUCCGGAUAAUUCAUCAUAACUGAAAACCUACCAAAUCAUAAUGUUUAUUUGUCUUGGUAUAUAUAUUACUGAUGUGCAUAUUUUUUUGGGAA